CAGGGUAGAAUUCUGUACCCCUUCUUUUAAUCUGCUCAACGCUCUAGAACAGAUUGGUUACAGGGUUGUAACAAGUGGUGCAUUUGUAACAGGAACUAAAAAAUUUGACACAAAAGAUUUUGUGUGGACCCUGCACAGGCCUUCGAACGAGAUAGAGCAGUAAGCUUCACAGUAGCAUUUCUUCCCAGAAAUACCACAAGAACCAAGAACCCUGACUUUCAACCUGGAUGUUAUUUCUUCAGAAAAAUCUCUCUGCUUGUAAUUAUAGAUUUAGAUUUGUUAGUGACACAACGAGGUCUGUGUUAGCUCGACCUAACCGCACAGAUGAGAGGAGUAGAAACUAGUGCUGACAUAAAGGGUUGGAGUGAUAUAAACCAUAACGACCCCAAAAAACCAUUUGGCGGUAGAAUGCCUUAUGUUUUUGUAAGGGAGAAUAAAAUAAAGUGGUGGGUAACUGUACAGGGCCUCAACUAUAAUGAGGUUCGUCUGCUUGCUGAGAAAGUGAGUGAUCAGCCUGAAAGCCAUGAUGAUAAAGAGAAGAAAGUGGAGUUUAGUGUUCCCACGUGGCAGAUUUUGAAUGGUUUGGAGAUGAUGGGAUACAGAGUGGUAACCUCCAGUGCAAUAAUCACUGGUUAUUCUAGGCAUGAUACUCGUGAGUUUGUAUGGACACUGCAUAAGACCCAUGAUGAUUGGGAGAAAAGUUCAAAAUGAGCUGAAUUGUGAUGCAAUACAAUUGUUGAAAAGUGAAUUAAUGUAGUUUUAACAAUUUUAGUUUGACAAAUUUUAUUUUUCAAAAUUUCUUCAACCAUCCGAUAAAUACGUUAGUUGGCAUGCAUUUUUUAUAACCAAAUACGUUUUUUUUAUUUUAUAACAACAAAUAUUGUGACUUUCUAUGAUUAUAGUUGUCCUCCCCCCCCCCCUUCCAAACCCUCCCUUGACCCUAUAGUGUUCAAUCGAUCAGCAUUUGCUAGAUAAAUAUUUAAUAUGUUCAAGCUUCACAAACCUUAAAACUAUAUUUAAUUAUGGAGUUUGGAAACUUAAAUUUCACGCAAUAUAUCAAUAAUCAUUCAUCAGCUUUAGAAUUUGUCUGAAUUUUAUCAAUCCUAAUUUUUUUCAUAUUCCAAGUUUUAUUACAGCUGCCAUGUUAAUUUAAAACUGUGGACUAGAAAGAUAACAUGUAUUUCAUGUUGUUACAAAAUUAAAAUUUCAUAUUUGUAGUUUAACAAAAUUUAGAUGUUUAU